ACACUCUGAAAAAUGAUCAGGAAGAGUCUCCGCGUCAUCUUGCUCCUCAUAACCAGUGGAUUUGUGUUGAAUGAAGCCUCGGUGGUGUGGAGCCAUUAUUCAUUCCAUGAUGACCGGUUAACCUGGGAGCAGGCUCGAGAAAGUUGCAGAGGAGAACACGGCCGGGAUUUGGCUACCAUCUACACACAAUCUGAUGAAGCCUUCCUGGGGCCUCACAGACUCGACACAUGGAUUGGCUAUUACAAGAACGGACAUCACUGGGAUUGGUGUCAAGCCUCCAGUAAUAACUUUCAUAAGUGGGCACACCAUGAGCCAGGUCAUGGGGAGCGCUGUGCAGUUCUCUCACACCAUGACAAAAAGAUGCGUGGUGCAAGAUGUGAGGACGAAGCCUUCUUCCUCUGUGAAGACAUAUCCAACGGCGUCAGUAAAUACGUCUACGUUUCAGAGAUGAUGAAAUGGAUCGAUGCAGAUCAGUAUUGUCAACACCAUUAUCAUGACCUGGCCGUUUUGACAUCAGAUGCUGACAUCGAUUCAGCUGUCAAUUCAGAGGAUUAUCUGCUCUGGAUAGGUCUACACAAGGAAGCAGAAGAAUGGCUCUGGAGCCCUGGGCUGUACGGUUACAGAAACUGGGCCCAAGGUCAGCCGGGGAACCAUGGUGACUGUGUGGCCAUAUCUUCCAAAACUAAAGAAAUGUCGACCCAAAGCUGCAACAUGCGGUUGCCUUACUUCUGUCUAAAAGACAAUGUUGUUCUGGUCAACGAGAACAAGACCUGGGAGGAAGCGCUGGACCACUGCCGCGCCAUUUCUGACUGGCCCGGAUACGACUUUGACCUUCUCAGCGUGACUUCUGAUGAUGACUAUAUUUGGAAAGUAAUAGAGGUGUCGUUGACGGAACAGGUAUGGGUGGGUCUGAGAUUCAUGGCUGGUAACUGGUUGUGGGUGGACCAAAAGGAUUCAUUGCCCAAUGAGCAGCCCGUCUGCCUGGAGGAGAACCUGCAGUGUGGGACUAUAUCCAAAAAUAAGACGCGUGGUGUCGAAAAUCUGGACCCAUCACUGAUCCAUAUGUUCAGUUUUUCUGCUUUCCUCCUCAUGACGCCGUCUGUACUGGGCAGCUGGCAACGCUUAGUUCAUUCAGUGAAACAGUUCGGCUUCCCCAGGGGUCAACUUGGACUGAUGCUCAUAAAUUGUGUCGGACCAGACGGUUUCAGGCUCCAGCAGCCAGAGCUGUCAGAUCCAAAACACGUCCGACUGAGACUGAGAGAGGCUGCUGACACAGAAUUCACGUUCACAUGA